AUGGUACUAUUUCUCAACAACACAGGCACCCAGGUGACUGAAUUCCUGAUGAUUUGCUUCCCAGGAAUGCAGGAUACACAGCACUGGCUAUCCGUAAUCCUUGCUCCCCUCCUGGUUUUGGCCGUUGGGGCCAACUUUGUGUUAUUACUCACCAUCCAGCAGGAGACAUCUCUGCAUGGGCCCAUGUACUACCUGCUUGCCAUCCUCUCCGUGCUGGAUAUCAUCCUCUGCCUUACUGUCAUCCCCAAGGUCCUGCUCAUCUUCUGGUUCAACAUGAAGACCAUCAGCCUUGCAGGCUGCUUUCUGCAGAUGUUCAUCAUGAAUACACUGCUUCCCAUGGAGUCUUCCACCUUCCUGGUCAUGGCCUAUGACCGCUAUGUGGCCAUUUGCCAUCCUCUGCGCUACUCAUCCAUCAUCACUGAAAAAUUUGUCAUUUAUGCAGCCAUCUUCAUUGUCUUCCGCAAUUUUCUGGCCACACUACCCACACCAGUUCUGGCUGCCAGGCUCAACUACUGUGCCAGCAAUGUGGUGGAGAACUGUAUCUGUGCCAACAUUUCCGUAGCAAAGCUCUCCUGUGGGAAUAUUCACCUAAAUAAGCUCUACCAGUUUGUGAGUGUUUGGUGUCUACUAGGUUCUGACCUACUGCUCAUCUUACUGUCCUACUGCUUCAUCCUGAGGGCUGUUAAGCGUCUGCAGUCAGGGGGUGCAGCAACCAAAGCCUUGAGUACUUGUGGUUCCCAUCUCAUUCUUAUACUUUUCUUCUAUACAUUGCUGCUUGUCUUCAUCUUCACAAACAAGGUAGAAAAGAAGGUGCCCUCAGAGGUACCCAUUCUUCUCAAUGUCUUGCACCACCUUAUUCCACCAGCCCUGAACCCCAUAGUUUAUGGAGUACGAACCCAGGAAAUCAAGCGAGGAAUUAUCAAACUACUCAAGUACCAGUUUUGA